AUGAAGAUAUCUCUCAAGCUCCAAGGUGACCAGCAGCAACAGAAUCCAAUCCUCAAAGCCAAAUUACCUUUAACCAUCUUCAACCGUCCUUUCACUUACUCCUCAAACCAUAAAUCCGACUCCGAUUCUGCCUCCCCCUCCGCUUCUCCAGUCCCUUUAUUCUCUGGGUCAUCAUCAAAUCCUGACUCUGCAAAUGGGUUGGUCUCCGAUGUUCCUUCGGGUUGGCAGGAAUUGAAAUUGGAACCUUUUUCUAGCAGUGAAAGCGCAUUUGGAAACGCUAACCCUAAUCGUACGGAUAGUGGAAUUGGGUCUUUUACAGAGAGGUCGUUGGUAUGGGAAAAUACCAAGAAAGGCGGGUUUAACUCCGGAGUCUCAGUUAUGGCACGGACGGUAUUACCGGUGACGAAGAGGGUGAUGAUAAAUUUGCGAUGGGGGAUUAACGGUAAUGUAGAUUCAUGGUCCAAGAUGCCAUAUUUGACGCUGAACAAGAUAGGAUUGGAGCGGGUUGAGGCGGUGAAGAAGGUGGAGAAGAAGGAGACGAGCGAUGGUGAAAAUAUGGGUGAUAUGGAGUUGGCGAAGGGAAUGUGUUCUUUGUUGAGGAAAGAUUUGGAGGCGUUGGAGGAAGAAAAUAAGGCCAUGAAGCAAUGUUUAGAGGAGAUAAGAGUAGGACUUCAUCCAGGAAUUUUGUGA